UUUCUUAACAUGUAACUUCCACUCUAAGAAACUUCAAAACCAAGCAAAAAAAAACUCACGAAAAGCAACUCUUCUCCUACCACCAAAUUCCGAAAACUUAAUUCCUCCUAAAACGAACACGACACUACUCUAUACAUAUAUGUUUGUAUAUAAAGUUAUACAUACAAUGGUCACAUUGAUAGACGAAGAAAAAGACAAAAAAAAAUCAACCAUGGUUUCGAAACCGCUAUUCUCCCUAUUGCUUCUCACGGUUGCAUUGGUUGUGUUUCAAACCGGAACCCUUGUCAACGCUGAAGAUUCCGAGCCUUCGAGUUCAACGAGAAAGCCUCUGGUGAAGAUUGUGAAAGGUAAAAAAUUAUGCGACAAAGGAUGGGAAUGCAAAGGAUGGUCCGAGUAUUGUUGCAACCAUACAAUCUCCGAUUUUUUUGAGACAUAUCAAUUCGAGAAUCUAUUCUCUAAGCGUAACAGUCCAGUGGCUCACGCCGUCGGCUUUUGGGAUUACCGAUCAUUCAUUACUGCGGCUGCCGAGUACCAGCCUCUUGGUUUCGGUACUGCUGGUGAGAAACUUCAAGGGAUGAAGGAAGUCGCUGCGUUUCUUGGCCACGUUGGGAGCAAAACCUCAUGCGGGUACGGGGUUGCAACAGGCGGACCAUUAGCUUGGGGAUUGUGUUACAACAAGGAGAUGAGUCCUGAUCAGCUUUAUUGCGAUGAUUACUACAAAUUGACAUAUCCUUGUACUCCUGGUGUCUCGUACCACGGUCGAGGAGCUUUACCGGUUUACUGGAAUUACAAUUAUGGUCAAACCGGGGAGGCUUUGAAAGUGGAUCUACUGAGUCAUCCAGAGUAUCUCGAGAACAAUGCUACGUUAGCGUUUCAAGCGGCGAUUUGGCGGUGGAUGACGCCACCGAAGAAGCAUUUACCGUCGGCGCACGAUGUUUUCGUCGGAAAAUGGAAGCCAACAAAGAAUGACACUGCUGCAAAACGAACUCCGGGGUUUGGAGCCACCAUAAACGUUCUUUACGGCGAUCAAAUCUGCAACAGCGGAUUCGAUAACGAUGAGAUGAACAACAUUGUUUCUCAUUAUUUGUAUUAUCUUGAUCUGAUAGGUGUUGGACGAGAAGAAGCUGGUCCUCACGAGAAGCUGUCAUGCGCAGAUCAAGAACCUUUUUCUUCUUCCUCCUCUGCUCCUCCGAGUUCUGGUUCCUCUUCUUGAGUGAAAGUUUUAUAACCUCUGGUUCGGUGACUUUUGAAAAAGAAAGUUGACUUUGGUGUAUAUGUGUUUUGCAUGGGCUUGGUUUUAAUAUUUUGUAAAAAUAUACGUACGAACGAUUGCAAUAUUUUCCACACCAUUUUCUUUUCAAAAAAUAUAAAUAUAUAUUGCAUGCACACCAAGAAGACAAAGAUCUAAAAGAUUUUGAGAUUGUUGUCUUGCAAUUUUUUAUGGUCUAUGUUUAUGAUUGUUAUCGUCUAUUUAUCUCUAGUUUAGUCAUCGUUUGGUUGUCUUAAUUACUUCGUAUAAUUGUUUUUAUGUUGGUUGUAAUUUCUUCUAGUUUGGAUGUAAUCCUUCCUCUUUUGAUAGAAUUUGAGUUAAUGAGAUUAUCGGUUUGAUAAA